CGCUCACACACACACACAGACUCUCUCUCUGUCAGCAGAUGGACGCAGCUUUGCUCUGGUGCACACUCUUUUUUUUCUCGUUGUGUUGCAGCUCAAACGUUUCUCUUUAAUGGAGAUUUGCACGGAUAAGCACUGAAGAUUAAUCUGCUCUAGGAAAACAUCCCUUCUUCCUUUCUCUCUCUCUAUCUCUCUAUCUAUUUCUCUAUCUAUCCUUCUCUCUUAGCUGCUUGUGUGAAAGACGGUUUGCAUGCCAAAGCUGCUUUACUUCAGAAAGUCGUGGAGGCGCGCGUGUAAAGAGGAUCCAACAUAGACUGGAUCACUUUUUUCUAUCUUUUUUUCCCCAUCUUGCUCAUCCAUGUUUCCUGCUUGGCUGAUGGAUAACCAGAAGAAAACGACGGAACCUGGUACAUAGCUAAGUUUAAAUUACGAAUUGCACACAGGGAAGAACUGUUUUUAAUCUUUUUCUUUCUUUCUUUUUUUUUUUUUUGGAGUGCAUGAUAUGGCGCAUCCUAGUCGGUCUAGGGGUUGCACAAGCGAGCUCGCGCUCCUCCGGGUUGAUUAGCCGACACUGGAUCCCAUUCUUAUAAGAUCUACAACCCAAAUCUGCUUUUAUUCAUUAUAAACAUUUUUUUUUUUUGAGUGAACCAUGGCGGAUAAAGUUGGUCUCGGAGUUCCCAAAACAGGCUCGCGCUCAUCCACGUCGCUUCCUCCGGAGCCGAUCGAGAUCAUCCGCACCAAAGCCCGCACCAGAAGAGUGCGGAUCAACGUGGGAGGUCUGAACCACGAGGUGCUGUGGCGGACACUGGACCGGCUCCCGCGCACGCGGCUGGGGAAGCUGCGCGACUGCAACACGCACGAGUCUCUCAUGGAGGUGUGCGACGAUUACAGCCUGAACGAGAACGAGUACUUCUUCGACCGGCAUCCGGGCGCGUUCACGAGCAUCCUGAACUUCUAUCGCACUGGGAAGCUGCACAUGAUGGAGGAGAUGUGCGCGCUCUCGUUCGGACAGGAGCUCGAUUACUGGGGUAUUGAUGAGAUUUAUCUGGAGUCGUGCUGCCAGGCGCGCUAUCAUCAGAAAAAGGAGCAGAUGAACGAGGAGCUGCGGAGGGAAGCGGAGAUCCUGCGCGAGAGGGAUGGAGAGGGGGAGCUUGACCACUCCUGCUGUCCUGAUAAGAGGAAGAAACUGUGGGAUCUGCUGGAGAAGCCGAACUCCUCAGUCGCUGCUAAGAUCUUGGCCAUCAUCUCCAUCCUCUUUAUCAUCCUUUCCACCAUCGCCUUGUCCCUAAACACUCUACCUGAGCUCCAGGUGAUAGAUGAGCUUGGUCAUGCAAAUGAUAACCCUCAGCUGGCACACAUCGAGGCCGUAUGCAUCGCCUGGUUCACCAUGGAGUACCUGCUGCGCUUCCUAUCUUCACCCAACAAGUGGAAAUUCUUCAAAGGACCUCUAAAUGUAAUCGACUUUUUAGCCAUCUUACCUUACUACGUUACUAUAUUUCUGACCGAGUCAAACAAGAGCGUGCUGCAGUUCCAGAACGUGCGGCGCGUGGUGCAGAUUUUCCGCAUCAUGAGAAUCUUAAGGAUCCUUAAGCUGGCAAGACAUUCAACUGGACUCCAGUCGCUUGGCUUUACGCUGAGGCGGAGCUACAAUGAGCUUGGCCUGCUCAUACUGUUUUUAGCAAUGGGAAUUAUGAUAUUCUCAAGCUUGGUGUUUUUUGCAGAGAAAGAUGAAGACGCAACAAAAUUCACAAGUAUACCAGCUUCAUUUUGGUGGGCCACUAUCACUAUGACGACCGUUGGAUAUGGAGAUAUCUAUCCACAGACACUGCUUGGUAAAAUAGUAGGUGGGCUUUGCUGCAUCGCAGGAGUGUUGGUGAUCGCGUUACCAAUUCCCAUCAUUGUCAACAACUUCUCAGAGUUCUACAAGGAGCAAAAGCGUCAGGAGAAAGCCAUCAAGAGACGAGAGGCCUUAGAGCGAGCGAAGAGGAACGGCAGCAUUGUCUCGAUGAACCUGAAAGACGCCUUUGCCAGGAGCAUGGAGUUAAUGGACAUCGUGGUGGAGAGUGAAGACAAACCUUCCUUCGAUAAUCACCUGUCUCCAAGCAGGUGGGGAACUCCGAAGCGUGCUUCCUCGGAUGCCAGUUUAAGACCAUUUGAUAGAAAGAUUGGAUCACGGGAGUGUUUUAAAAGCUCAAGCCCACAGCAUCUUAACGUUCAAAAACUAGAAGAAAUGUACAACCAGAUGAGCAAGGCACGAUCGUUAUCAGAUCUUGACAAAAAUCAGAAUGCUGCCGGGCCAAAGCAGGAAGGACAGAAUGCUAAAUCUGAUCGACAACGGAAUAGACCUGUUUCAGAUGUACCACAGAUGGCGAGCAUUGACAGCUUUGCAAGCUGCACUGCUGAACUCAGAGAAGGCAACCAGUUGAUCCCUCCUUCUAACACAGCAGCUCAGCUUGAGCAAAGUCAGACUGAAGUGCCUCCAAUUUGGGACAAGAACUCUCCAUCAGAUAAGUCCCAAGUCAUUCCAGAAGAGGGUGAACAGUGUGAUUACAGGUCUGAAAAACAAGUUAGCCAAGUAGCAUCCAAAGAAGAUGAUGAGUGCUUUGAGGAGAACACCACAAGUUUGGUGGAAAGUGAUAAUCCAGUUGAGACAAUAUUGGACACGUUCCAAAUUAGUCCUGAACAGAUAACCCAGUUUGAUGCACCUAGUGGUCACUUAACAUAUAAGGAAGAUGAAGAGUGUACUGUGGACAACACCACAUUUUUAAUUCAAAGCACUAACCCAGACAUGACAGUAAAUUUUCUAGAAAGUACAGAUGACGCUCCUUUGACGCCUCCAAGCACUUUCUCUGCUCAGGAUCUCAGCAUCAGUCUUCUGGAAGACGACGACUCACCGGAGCAAGAGUGCUCUCCACUUUUUCCUGAAUCAGUAACGCUAGCUAGAAUCCCAGAACAAGGACUAGUCCUUUCUCCAAAGCUUCCGGUCGAAGAUUUCCAUCCAAAUGAGACUUUAUCACUCCUUGAGGAACAUAAGCGAGCAUCCAUGGAGGAGGACAUUGCUGGCACUUCGGUUCCUUCACCCAAAUUUACUGCACAAAACUGCACUCAGGACGGAGUAGGUGACAAUGCAGAGGGAAAAACCGAAAGCAACCAAAGUGGACACAAAGUAGAGAAUCACAUGUUUACGCCAGAGAUUCAUCUCAUGCCGGGAGAGGGGGAUAUUUCGCAAACUAGCAUGUGAAACACUGGAAGAUGAAAAAAGAGGCAUGGAGGUGUUACGAAAGAUAUUUUUGCAUGGCAUGAAAAUGAAAAGGUCAUUAUAUUUGUGGCAUUGUCUGCAGGAAAUAUUAAACCAGUCUUCAUGGAAAAAGAACGUAUUUAUCUAAAAAAAAAAUCACGAUCCUGCUGAUUCAAGAAAGUGCAGAGGGACGGAAAGAGCAUGCAUUUAAAACUUAUGUUUACGGUGCUUAGUCUGCUGAAAGCGCUUCACUGUAAAUACACUGAGGACUGAAUGAUGCACAUAGUCACAGAGGACAAAAGAAAUUCAAAUCCAACUUAUUUAUUUAAAUACCGUGCUUCAAAGACUGAAAGGUUGCAAAACAGCAACAUACUGAAACAUAUCAUUACACAGUAAUGCAAUGUGUACCAUGACAGAGCUGUCUGAUUUUUUGUUUUUUUGAAGAGUAUAGUCUGUGAUGUCAACAACAUUUUGACUGGUAAUUUGCAAUUUGAGUUAAUUUCAGAUUUAAUGACCAGAAAUUAACUGUCACACUGGUUCAUAAAUAUUUAUAUGAGCACAUUUUCUUACUUAGCCAGCUAGCUAGUUUUGGAUAUUAAUGAAUGUUAUGCUACCACACCAGGCAGCUAGCUUAAGUCAGCUUUUGAAUGUGUAUAAUGAUAAUGUUUGACAGACAAUUUUUAGCAAGAAACGCUAAACGUCAGCAUGAUACAGUGGCAAUGUAACUCGAAGUCUUUACAUCUCACGCGUUCUCAUUUUCCAUUCAUUUAUGCUAGCUAGCUUUUCUAGAUAUAGCAGCUAGCAUAACAGUGAGCAGCUAGUAGAAAUUCUUUAGUAUACAGAUGGCUACUUUUAAUUAGUUUUGAUAACCAAUCCUUUAUGUCUUGACAAGAGGUCUGAAUCUAAACUCACUCACUGUCCACUUUAUUAGGAACACCUGUACACCUGCACAUUCAUGCAACUAUCCAUUCCACCAAUCAUACAGCACCAGCGCAAUGCAUAACAUCGCACAGAUCCAGGUCUUCCCAUCAAACAUCAGAAUGGGGAAAAAUGUGAUCUGAGUGACUUUGACCAUGGCAUGGUUGUUGGUGCCAGUUGGAUUGGUUGAGUAUUUUAGAAACUGCUGAUCUCCUGGGAUUUUCACACACAACAGUCUCUAGAGGUUACACAGAAUGGUGCAGAAAAAAAAAAAGUAGGUCUGUGCACAGAGAUCGGGGAGAAUGGCCAGACUGGUUCGAACUGACAGAAAGGCUACGUUAACUACUCUUUACAACCAUGAUGAGCAGAAAAGUAUCUCAGAAUACACAACAUGCUGAACCUUGAGGUGGGCUGAGGCUUACUGAAACUGGACAGCUGAAGAUUUGAACAACAUGGGUUGUUUUUUCCCAAUCUUCAACUGUUCAGUUUGGGCGAGUUUGUGUCCACUGUAGCCUCAGAGUCCUGUUCUUGGCUGACAGGAGUGUAACCUGAUAUGGCCUUCUGCUGUUGUAGCCCAUCGACGUGUUGUGUGUUUUGAGAUGCUUUCCUGCUCACCACAGUUGGAAAGAGUGAUAAUUUGACUUACCAGUUUUGAUUUAUCUCUGAUCUCUCUAAUCAACACAUGAUUUCCAUCUUUAGAGAUACUGCUCACUGGAUGUUUUUCGUUUUUCACGCCAUUCUGUGUAAAUUCUAGAGACAGUUGCGUGUGAAAAUCCCAGGAGAUUAACAGUUUCUGAAAUGGUCAAACCCACCUGUUUGGCAACAACAACCAUGUCAUGGUCAAAGUCACCGAGAACACAUUUUUUUUCUUAUUCUGAUAUUUAAUGUGAACAUUAACUAAUGCUCUUGAUCUGUAUCUGCAUGAAUUUAUGCAUUCCGCUGCAGCAUCAUGAUGGGGUAAUUGCAUGAAUAUGCAGGUGUACAGGUGUUCCUAUUAAAGUCUGUUAGUGUAUGUUCUGGUCAUUAAAUCUUAUUUUUAUUUCAUCAUUAUUAGUAUUAUUAUUAUUAAUAAUAAUAAUAAUAAUAAACAUUAGGACCAAAAAGCCAUAUUUUAAAAUUAAAAUUUUAAAUAUUCAACUCCAUUUUCAACAUAGAAUUACACAGAAUUAUGCUUCCAAAAAUUGUUGCAUUUCUAAAUUACACUCACGCCACUUUUCUAUCGACAGGCCGGAGCUGGUUGUGGUUCAGUUCUCCAAUGAACCUGUUUAAGAAGCAGGCUAUGUUUGAGAGCCAAGCCAUGCCAUCAUUUCAUGUGGUUGUUCUUUGAUUUGUUUGAACAUUUCUUAAUUUUAUUGUCUACACAGCAAACAGAUAUUGCCAUAGCUGACGAGCUCUCACACAACCAUACAGACAGCUACAUGCUUCGAUUGUUUAUAUUCAUUAUGAUUCAGUUAGCAUUAGCAUUAGCAGUGUAGCUCCCCCUCAAUUUGUUAAUUGCCAGUAAAGUGUUUCUUCCUCAGACCACAAAUUGUGACACUGAUUUCACUCUGUUUCAAACGUAAUAUUCACGUAAUCAUCUUGUAUUCAUGUAUAAUUUCAUGCAAACAACUUUGUUGUCAUGGCAACUAAAUGUCCUCCAAUCCGUCGGUUCUUCUGUUCCAGUCUGUGGUUCAAUGCUGUUUUCAAUGCACACUUGUUGACUUCCCCUAGUGAUUUGCAGUUAGUCAGACCCACGUCACACGAGGUUCUAGCGUGCUAAAUAGUGGAGGAAAAUCAUUUUAAGCUCUUGUUUACAGCUUCAUUCAACAGCGCCAUUUUGAAGACUGGUGCAAGGUCUUCUGGGUAAAUUGUGUUCCUGAUGUCUACAGUGAUGUCAUUUGGAUCCCUCAUCUAAUUCUCUUCUAAACAACUUCACACAAGCUAACAAAUUAAUGGAAUUUUAAAACAGCCAAAAGGGGAAGUGGACAAAAAGUGCGUUAAAAAGAGAAUUGGAACGCUCCAGCACCGUAUCGAUGGAAACAUCUUGUUUUUGUUUUAUUUUUUAGUGUAAUCAUCAUCACCAUGUGGAUUAAAAUGAUUUCAUUUGAAUCUAACCCCAGAUUACUUUAGAAAUUUCAUUUUCUAUUGUGUCAUGUUGCCUUUAUUCAAAUGUUGCUGUAUGUCAUAUGUAUUUUCAUCAUGUUUAAUUGAACUUUAAAACUCAUAUUUUUUGAGGCUUGUGUAAAAAGAAAGAUGAAUUUUAAAAGGUUUUUAGUGAAUGGAGGGAAAGUGCAAUACUGUCAUACUGCAAAUCUAUGCAGGCCAAGAAAAAAAACUGCACUUUAUUUUACAGUUUAAUGUACAGGCUGAUAAAUACACGUGUAUUUUACAAAUAUAUAUCUUUACUAUUUAAAAAAAACAGUGUUACUACAGGUCAAAAAUAAGAUUUUACAUCAGUGUGACUCAGAUAUAAAUUAUCUUCAAAUCAGCAAAUAUGGGCCUUUUUAUUCAUGUAAAAAUAAAGUUAAAAGGUGAGAAUGAUCUAAAACGGCCACAGGCGAAGUAUUUUAUGUUUUUGUGAACGAACACUGUCGAUACUUCUAUUUUUUCUAAACCGUUUUCCUGGUUGAAAUGACGCUCGCCUGUUCGUAAAUAAAUCACAUUAUUUAUGGAAAGGCUAAUCAUUUUUUUGUUCAUACAGCACUGUACAGAAAAAAAAACCAAACUACUUUUUAUAGGAAAAAAUCAGGUCUUUCAGUGAGAGAUAAUAAGAAAUAAUCUAUGAGUUCUCAGGUUUUCUACAAAACAAACGUACAACUAGUGUGUGUUUUUCCUUAUUUACAGAUAAUGAUGUCAUUUAGGUCGCUUGUUAAAAAGGUACGUGUUUAUGUCUUGGCAGAGAGGGAAACAUUAAAACAUAAGGCCAUAGACAUCAUAAUCAUGACACAUGGAAAUAUAUUAAUUUUGAAUAUUCACUAUUAAUGUAUAUCAUAAAUAUUUAUCAGUACAUCCCAUGGAAACACUUUAACUCUUUAAUAUUCGUAAUUACAGUAUAUUAUGUAUGAAUAUUCAUCUCCUUGGGUGGACAAACCAUCAUGUUAUUAGGUCAUGCACCAGGCAAGUGAAAGCACCAGUCCCGUGUUUUGCUUGCCCGGAAACAUAAUAUUUUUAAAACGUAUUUUGUUCUUUGCAUUUUGGAAACAUGAAAACGCAUUUUGGAUCACUAAAAACAAAGCUUUUCGAAAACACUCUUCAAGCUGGAGAAAUUUUACAACUCUCUCUUUCACUGUUUUCUGUGUGGAUGAGAAAACCACGUUUUUUUUUUUUGUUGUUGUUGUUGUUUUUAAAACACUGAAUCAACCUGCGCAUAUGUUAUGACUGUGCUAGGAUGGAAAUUUAAAAGCUGCGCAUUCAAAAUAUGUAGUGAGCAGGACUUUAUCUUGCUUGAAUUCAUUGUUUCCACAUACCUCUGUAUAUGCCUUCCAUGUAUUUCAUCCACGCACGCUAAAUAAAAUGCGCAGUAAAAAAAAACAUUAACCAGAUCACGUGUCGGCCGAUGAGUGUGGUGCAGCAGGUGGUUGAGAUUACGCAUCGAGGUGCAUCACGCCACUGUGAAGCGCGUUACGUUUAAACAUAGCUACAUAACCAAAAGAAAACUCACAAAGCUUUCUGAAAGUGAAUAACAAGUAGGAUGUUUUUCUUUUUCUGGUUGUUAAACCUGGAUAACUAUGAAUAACAACUAAAACAUGAAAUCUAUUUGUGCUAGCCACCCAGGUUAAUGAUUUGAUCGCGCCUGACGUAUGGUUACAGGUUAAAGCCGAGCUCCUCCACAUCCCUGGUCCCAGUGUAAGCCCUGUUAACACUCCCAUUCACGUUAGUUACUAAACAUUUAUUUAUAGUAAAAAAAAAUUUAAAUCGCAGCGCUAGUUCUGAUAAUUAGGAAAAUACCUUCUCCGAGAAUGAUACAUCCAAAACAUCCUUUUUUUUUAAAAUAAAUGACCAGCUUUCCUUAUGGAACACACUUCAACUCACUGCCCAAAAUGCCGCCUACCUAGGCCGCCUCCUUCCAAGGGGAAAGCAAGCACAGGGGUAGUUAUUGUCUUUUGAAGCGUACAUGAUAUAUAACUAAUUAUUGGUACACGCCUCAAUAUAACCUCUUAAUAAUAAUUCGUAUAAGAUUUACGAGUGAAUGCAAAUGUUAGCGCGCCCUUAGGACAAAUAAUGUAUAUUGACCAGAUGUUCCUUCAUUAUCAAGUAGCAAAAAAUGUUCAGAUAGUGUAUGUUAAGGUAUUAAUAGUGAGCAGAAAUGAUAGCUGCUCAAAAAUCUCCCUUUCUAAAUGUGAUACUAACAUUUUUUUGCCUCUAACAUUUGUAGGAGCAGGUUUUGGAUCAUCACAUAUGGAUUCACACACUGUUUUGAUGGUCCCUAUAAAGUGACCAUCUAUUGUGUGCAUAACAAUAAUGUAUGCUAAUCAUCUGGCCUAAUAACAUAACCUUAUUAUCUGUGCUUCCGUAGCAUAACACUAACGCUAUAUCAGAUACAGUUAUCGUGAUAUAUCAUUCAUACUGACAUAUCGUCACAAUCCUAUUUUAAAUAUGUAGUAAUAGUAAGUGUGGCGGUUUGGGAUGUAGCCACAUGGCGUUACCAAGUUAACCAGGAAAGUUACAUUGUGAAUGCUUUGCACGUACUCUUAUAUAGUAGGGUGGAAUUUGGGACGCAGCCCAGGACCUGAAAACAAUGCUGAUGUGUGACGUUAUUAUCUUUACUGCUAUAGUGCAACUGUUUCAUUAUCACGGUAUAAAAAUGAUAUUAUCUCAGCCCUGUAUUGUAUCACUGUGCCAUUUCAAACACUGAGCAUUUCAUUUCCUAAUCCUAUUUUAUUUCUGAUUUCAUUAACUGUACCUUCUUUUGAUGUUUUUUACGAGAGAAAACUAAAGAAAGAGCUCACUGUGAUACUGUAACGUUCUCUUCAAAAUUUUAUUUUCCAAAAUGAGAUGACACGUCUUUCAAAGCGUUCAACUCUUAAUGUAAAAACUCCUCCCGUUUUUACGAUUUCUUAGGAUUAAGAGAAUAGCAGAUAACCAGGGAUCUGUGAGCUAAUGCAUGUUUUUUCAUCACUUAUUUAUUUUGUGAAACUCUUAAGCCAUGAUGAUAAAUGUGUGUUUUUAUUUUGCAUUGAAAGAAAUGUUGGUCUGUGUAGAAUCCUUUUCUUAUUGGUUCUGCCUCUUUUUGGGAUUGGUGUUGAUUUGUUUGGGUGAAGCGUUUGCUGUAGACAGUCCAUGUCUCUGCACACAUCAGCAUGUUGGACUCAUGAUCACUUUGUUAUGGUAUGUGUGUGUCGACGUUUCUGUACGUUAGAGAGCGGUGUUCCUUGUUACGUCUGUCCUAAGCAU